AUGCUCGAAUUUAACGCUGAGAAAUUAGGAUUCGUUGAAGAUGCCAUUGUUGAAAAUUUAGGAAGAGGUGUGAUUGGCGAGGAAUUAAAGGUUGUUGAAGAUGAUGGGGGCCGUAAUGAAUAUUGUGAUGAUUGUGAUCGUUGUGAU